UUCAAAAUUGAAUGACUGUCAGUGCGCUUUACAAAAUCUUAUUCAGAUUACUGCUGGACCACUUGUAAUCUUUUCAAGUUCACCUGGUCUAGGCCAAUUUACAAUUUGGUCAACUCAAGCUUUAACCGGAUUAGUGAAAGCCACAUUGAUUUAUUAUCCAAACUUAUGCUUAAAUUAUAAUCCGAAUGUUUGGAUGGAAAAAUUGAUGUUGUUUUCACAUGUUAUUCAUGUUCUUCAUCGAUUAUUACCGAAAGUCUUUCUAAUCGAACCAAUCAAUUUCGGCUCAGCUGAAUUAUUGAUACAAUUAAGCAAAUAUAUUACAAAUGAUGAUGACUCAUUCAAUUUGGACAUUAUAUUAUCACAUUUAAAUCUGUUAACAUUAAUUCUAAAUAAAUUGCCAUCAGUACAAGCAGUGCUAUCGUCAACAUCUUCACUGUUGGAUGUUAAAACAAUGACACAAGAAAAGGAGAAAUUUCUUGUCAUUAUACAAUAUGGAUUUAUGAAUUUAUUUUUAGCUGUUGGAAAAGUUUGGUUAUGUUCUACAUGUACAAUUGAUUUAAAGUAA